GUCUAGAGAGAAGUGACGUUCUUAAAAAAAAAAAAAAAAAAGAAUAUCAUUGGCAACUUUCUCAUCUCUUUGUCCAAAGCCUCUGAUUAUUGAGUUUGAGUUCGUCCAGUUUAGUUUCUCAAGGAGGGGCACACACCAACUUGGUCUUCUUCUUCUUCUUCUUCCCAUCUUUCUGUUCCAAAAUAAAAAAGAUAGAAAGAUUUUUAUAUUUUUCUCUCUCUCUUUAGUGAACCAUGUUGUUUUGCUCAAAGCUUAGCCACGAAAACGACUGAGUUUUGGCUUAUCUUGUCUUCUUUAGCUUCAUCACUUAGUAAAACUUCUCUCUCUCUUUUGAUUCUUCUCAAAUCUUGAUUUCUAGGAGAAUUCUGAAAAAAGAAAUCCCCCCAAAUUCUGAAUCUCAGAUUAAAAGGGGUCUUCCCCCAAGAAUUGGUAGAUGUGGUUUUGGUGCCGGCCGACAUGUCUAUAGCUUGUGAGCUCUCGAAUCCCAAUUUAAAGAAGACAAAAGCAGAAAAACGGAUACCAACCAAGAUUCUGCUUAUCCGGGUUUUAUGUGGCUUAGUUGUUCUCUGGCUCUGCUUAAGCUUAAGCUUAGGCUUCUUAUGUAUAUGCAAGAAGAAAGAGGCUGCUGCUGCUGCUGAUGACUCUUCUUCUUCUGCUAAAGGGAUGUUGUUCAGGAAUCAGAGCAGAAGUGAGAUUGAUGCUAUGCUUUCUCUCUUCUUUGAUUCAAAUCAGGUAACAUCUUUUGAAUGUCGCAAGGAGAAUGGUGGUAUUACAUGUUCCUUGUCAACACGUUCCGAGAAAGGAGACGAGGAGGAGGAGGAGGCUAAGAGACAUGUUGUUGCAGAGCUUAUGUCAUCAUCUGAGAAUGAAGAAGAAGGAGGUGUGCUGCAUCAGGUUGUGUUGUUUUAUGUAAUGAACAAAUGUCAUUGGUGGUUGGUCCUUUGUGUACUACUAGUGGGCGGCGGCCGUAUGAUAUUUGCAAGAAAAGAAGUUUCUUCUUUAGUACAAGACAAGCAGCAGCAGCAGCAGCAAUGCAAAACAGCUGGGAAGUGGAGGAAGAACAUGCUUCUACUCGGCAUCAUCGCGGGAGUUUCUUUGUCUGUUUUAUGGUUUUGGGAUACAAACGAGAAGAUCUUGUUCCAAAGGAAAGAGACGUUAACCAACAUGUGUGAGGAACGAGCUCGGGUGUUGCAGGACCAGUUCAAUGUUAGCAUGAACCAUGUCCACGCCUUGUCCAUUCUCGUCUCUACCUUUCACCACGGAAAAACCCCUUCUGCCAUUGAUCAGAAAACGUUUGGUGAGUAUACAGAGAGAACUAAUUUCGAAAGACCUCUCACGAGCGGUGUUGCUUACGCAUUGAAAGUCACACACUCUGAAAGAGAGAAAUUCGAGAAGGAACAUGGAUGGUCAAUAAAGAAAAUGGACUUUGAAGACCAGACUCUCGUCCAAGGCUUCGAUCCAGCUCCUGUUCAAGACGAAUACGCACCCGUUAUCUUCGCUCAAGAAACCGUCUCUCAUAUUGUCUCUGUCGACAUGAUGUCUGGAAAAGAAGACAGAGAAAACAUCUUGAGAGCGAGAGCCUUAGGGAAAGGAGUGUUAACAUCACCUUUCCAGCUUUUGAAAUCAAACCAUCUCGGCGUUAUAUUGACUUUCGCUGUGUACAACACCAACCUACCGCAUGACGCUACUGAAGAAGAGAGGAUCCAGGCAACAAUUGGGUACCUUGGCGCAUCGUACGAUAUGCCUUCACUAGUGGAGAAGCUUCUUCAACAGCUUGCGAGUAAACAGACCAUAUCUGUAAACGUUUACGACACGACUAACGCGUCGUCUGUCAUUAAAAUGUAUGGCUCGGAGGUUGGUGAUAUGAGCGAAGAGCACAUUAGUAGCCUUGAUUUUGGUGAUCCCUUUAGGAAGCAUGAGAUGCACUGCAGGUUUACACAAAAACCACCGAUUCCUUGGUUAGCUAUAAUGCCACCAGGCUUCGCAUUGGUUAUCACGCUUCUUCUUGGUUAUAUCUUUAAUGAAGCCAUUAAUCGAAUUGCUACUGUUGAAGAGGACUAUCAGAAAAUGAUGGAGCUUAAGGCUCGUGCUGAGGCUGCUGAUGUGGCAAAGUCACAAUUUCUAGCCACUGUUUCUCAUGAGAUACGUACCCCAAUGGUUGGUGUUCUAGGGAUGCUGAAGUUGCUGAUGGACACUGAUCUUGACGCAAAACAAUUGGACUUUGCUGAAACGGCUCAUGGCAGUGGGAAAGAUCUAAUAUCGCUGAUAAACGAGGUUCUUGAUCAGGCGAAGAUUGAGUCAGGAAGACUUGAGCUUGAGAACGUGCCUUUUGAUCUACGGUUCCUUCUGGAUAAUGUUUCAUCCCUCCUCUCUGGCAAGGCUGCUGAAAAAGGAAUCGAGUUGGCUGUUUAUGUUUCUAGCAAUGUUCCAGCUGUUAUAGUUGGUGAUCCGGGUCGGUUCCGACAGAUAAUCACAAACCUUGUUGGAAACUCAAUCAAGUUCACACAGGAAAAAGGACACAUAUUCAUCUCGGUGCACCUAACCAAUGAGGUGAGAGAACCGUUUGAAACAGAAGAUGAAAUACUAAAACAAAGACUUGGUUCGGAUGAGACAUCAUGUAACACGCUUAGCGGGUAUCCAGCUGUGAAUGCAAGUGGAAGCUGGAGGAACUUCAAGACAUUUCAGGACCAUAGUUGUGAUAAAACUGAGUUGCUUGUUACUGUGGAGGACACAGGGAUUGGCAUUCCUGUUGAUGCACAGUCUCGGAUCUUCACUCCGUUUAUGCAAGCCGACAGUUCGACAUCACGGACUUACGGUGGGACAGGGAUAGGUUUAAGCAUAAGCAAGCGUUUGGUUGAGCUCAUGCAAGGAGAGAUUGGGUUUGUAAGCAAGCUUGGUGUCGGCACUACUUUCUCAUUUACCGGAGUUUUUGGAGAACGGGAAAGGGAUUCAUCAGUCACUGCCUUGGAGCUAUUUGAUCAAUCUAUUCAGGAGUUUCAAGGAUUGAAAGCAUUGGUUAUUGAUAGCAGAAACAUUCGAGCCGAGGUUACUCGUUACCAUCUUCAGAGAGUUGGUGUAUCUUCUGUAGACAUUGCUUCAAGUCUUGCAACUGCAUCUUCUUCCUGUGCCAGUAAAUUAGUGAACUUGGAUUUGAUUCUAAUCGACAAAGAUGCAUGGAACAAGGAAGAGUAUGUAGCAUUUAACAGUGGUCAAGAGCCCUCUACGAGACACCCAAAGAUUAUACUUUUGGCUACCUUUACAACUCCAGCAGAGCUCAGUGAGAUCAAAUCAACUGGUUUGGUAGACGAGGUGGUGAUGAAACCGCUUCGAAUGAGCGUCUUGAUAUGCUGCUUGCAAGAAACCGUGGGAAGUGGUGGCAAGAAGAGGCAGACAAAUAGAAAACCAAAGAAUCUUGGGAACUUGCUUAGAGGAAAACAUAUUCUGGUGGUAGACGAUACGAUGGUAAACAGAAGAGUGGCAGAUGCAGUGCUAAGGAAAUAUGGAGCUCUUGUGACUUGCGUUGACAGUGGCAAAGCUGCAGUUGCAAUGCUUAAGCCGCCUCAUGAUUUUGACGCAUGCUUCAUGGAUCUGCAGAUGCCUGAAAUGGAUGGAUUUGAAGCAACGAGGAGAGUACGUGGUCUGGAAGAAGAGAUGAACAAGAAAGAAGAGUCAAGGAAGUGGCACACACCAAUAUUAGCUAUGACUGCUGAUGUGAUCCAGGCAACAAAUGAAAAAUGCAUCAAGUGUGGGAUGGAUGGUUUUGUAUCGAAACCGUUUGAAGAAGAAGAGCUUUAUUCAUCAGUGGCAAGAUUCUUCGAAAAAUAAAAAAAAGAACAUAUAUUAUUA